GUCCUUUCUCCUCCUCUGCCUCUGCUAGCUGCUUUGUGCUUUCUUUCCAUCUAUCUCUCUCUGCCUGCAUUUUUUUUCUCUCCCGCUACCCCCUUCUCUCUCUCUCUCUCCCAUGGCAGGAUUUUCAAGUGUGAAUGUGUGUUCGAUCGUGUGUUCUUUAAUUUCUCCUCAACAAUAAUCGUCCAUAAAAAAGAUUGUUCUCGCGGUAAUUCACAACUCAGUAUUGCGUUCCCAAGAUUGCAAGAAUAUAUAUAAUCCUCCAUAAAGAAGACUGUAUUUCGUAGAGACCACAUCGCUCUUAUUAAGUUAAGAAGAAUAAUAUGUAUGGCUACUCAAAUUGCUGUCCCCGUCCUGGAAACUGAAGACGUUCCAAAAAUAGUCUAAUUCGAUCAAACCAAGAUCUCAGACACGAGUGUCCUUAAACGAUCUUAAGCAAAUGCAAGCCCCCUGCCGCCGAUUACCGAUGCCAGUUUGGCUCCUCGAGUUUCAGAGGGGCAUUCAUCUUUAUCAUAUUCCAUUUCUUGGACGACAUGGCCAACCAACAUGUAUUGUUCGUAAUAUAGAAACUCAUGAGUUCUUUCAGCUAACUAUUUGAACUCCGAUCCUUCACGUUAAUACUGCCUGUUAUGCAAGUGGGGGCGUGGGUCCCAGUGAGCCAGCUUGCAGAGGAGGAGGUGGCUGCGUACAGGCAGCUGGAGGAAGAGAGGAUCGCCAAAGUCCUAGACGACCUCUUGGCAAUUUGCCAAAGUCAAAAGGUGAAUGCGAGCAAGAUCAUCAUCGCGAGCGACGAUAUCGCCAGGGGUCUCGUGCAGUUGGUUGACGACCAUGGGGUCACCGAGCUCGUCAUGGGCGCUGCGUCUGAUCGGGCGUACGGCAGGAAGAUGCGGGCGCCAAGGUCUAAGAAGGCGCUAACGGUGCAGCAGAAGGCGAAUCCCUCUUGCAGGAUCUGGUUCGUCUGCAGGGGAAAUCUUAUCUGCACCAGGGACGCUAGCGAGGGACAAGCUCAUAGAGCUGAAUCGUCCACAGCUAGCACAAGCCCCAGGACAAGCACUUCUGACUGCUCGAGAUCGAAAUCCUCGCCAUGCCUGCACAGCGAGACAUUCAGCACACAAGAAACAGACGAUCCAUCAGCUGAACAGACUCAUGGAAGGGACCUCAACAUAGAGGAUUCAAAUAAUCAAGCAACCACCAUUGCUGGAUCCUCAGCAGCUGUGCAUUUGCUACAAGAGAUUCAAGAGGACCGGGAAAUGCCCGCAUCGGACGGUUUGGAUGCUGGUGAGAUGGAUGAUGCCUUGUAUGAGAAGCUGAAGCAUGCGCUCAUGGAAGCUGAGAACCUGAAGCAAGAGGCGUACGAAGAGACUCGCCGGCGUCAGAUGGCCGAGCGCGGGCUCGCUGAAGCGUCCAGGAUGGCCGACGAAGCAGAGAGAUCGUAUCAGAGAGAGGCUAGGCAUCGGAAGGAGGUGGAGGAGAUGGUGGCGAGAGAGCGCGCGGCCAUGGAGCAGGACAAGCGAGAGCUCGACGGCAUCCUGGAUCAGAUACGGAAGGUCGACGACCGGAGCGCCGAGCUGGAGCUCCAGAUCACGACCUCGGAGCACACGAUGAACGACUUGGAGGCCAGGCUGUCGGAAUCGUACAACCUCCUCGACACACUCCGGCACGGACAUCAUCCUUGCAAUGCGUCGGAGUCCGCGUCCAGAGAGGAGGGCGGCGGCGAGCAGAGAGUGAGCUUCUUGCACCUGGGUUACUCGGAGCUGGACGAGGCCACCAAGCAUUUCGACGAGUCUGUCAGGAUCGACGGCGGCGGCGGCAGCAGGGGCAAAGUGUACAGAGGGGAGCUGCGCAACAUGUCCGUCGCCGUGAAGGUGGUGGACCGCGACGUGGCCGUGGACGAGGCCCGUUUCGCCCGUGCGGUGGAAGGCAUCGCCCGAGCGAGACACCCGAACGUGGUGACGCUCGUGGGCGCGUGCCCGGCGGCGCGCGCUGUCGUGUACGAGCUGGUGCCGGGCGGGAGUCUGGAGGAGCGCCUGGGUCCGGGACCGGGAGGCGGGAACGGGAACGGGAACGGGAGUGGCUCGGCGCCGCCGUCGCUGCCGUGGCAUGCGCGGUGCGGCGUCGCGUACGGGGCGUGCUCCGCGCUGGCGUUCCUGCACUCCACGCUGCCGCGGGCGACGGUGCACGGCGACGUGAGGCCGGCGAACAUCCUGGUGGUGGAGGACGACGCGCGGCGCGGGUGGUCGUGCAAGCUGGCCGGCCUCGGCGAGCGCGGGCUCGUGGAGGAGCGAGCGCGCCCCGGCGGCGCCGGCCCGGCGGCGCGGGCGUACGCGGACCCGCGGUACCUCGCUGCGACGGGGGAGCUGAUCCUGACCCCGCACUGCGACGUGUACGCGCUGGGCGUGGUCCUCCUCCGGCUGGUGACCGGGAGGCCGGCGUUCCUGGCGAGGAAGGCGGCGCGGGAGGCCGCGGGCGGCAGGGCGUCGUGGCAGGAGGUGGCGGCGGGAGGGUGGCCGACGGAGCGCGCCAGGGAGGUGGCUCUGCUCGGGCUGAGAUGCUGCGGCGUGGACGUGGAGGCGGAGCGGAGGCCGCGGCUCCCCGCCGCGGUGCUGCUGGAGGAGGCCCGCGGCGUGCUGGAGGCCGCGAUGAGCUCCGCGCCGAGCAGGUCGCCGUCGUCGCUGUCCCUGUCGGACGGCGCCCCGUCCUACUUCCUCUGCCCGAUACUCAAGGAGGUGAUGAGGGACCCGCAGAUCGCCGGCGACGGGUUCACGUACGAGGCGGAGGCCAUCGGGGAGUGGCUGUGCGGCGGACACGACACGUCGCCGAUGACCAACCUGAAGCUCCCCACGCGGAAGCUGGUCCCCAACCACGCGCUCCGCUCCGCCAUCCACGAGUGGCGCCACCGCCAGCUCCGUGCCCACCAUCGCCUGUACUGAUCCGGUGCAAAAUUUUAAUAGCCUCUUUUGUGUGUGUGUGUGUGUGUGUUUUGUUUUGAUUUGUUUUUGGCAAAUGUUCUCUGAUUGCCUGAGUGAUCAAUCGUCUUUGCAACGUGCACUGUACAGCCACGGAAAAUGUGCGAGAAACGAUUUUUUCUCCUGAAUUCCAUUUGACAGUUCUUUCAGCUCA